UAGCGGAGGGGGAAACUGGCCGCACCGACAGAGCCGUCGGAUUGGGGCAGCAGCCGGCGAGUGGAUCCGGCAACUCCCAAGAAGCAGACGCAGGCGGGCCGGCGGGUGCCGGGUGCUGGAAAACGAAGGGCAGGCUUUCCCCGCGGGUCUGUGAAGGUCAGCAGCUCCAGCGGGUGCCAGUCAGCUUUAAGAAAAAGUAGAAAUCACUCCUGACUGUACUGAAUAGCAAAAAUUAAGUGACUUUUCCUGUACUGCAAAUCAUGGCACUACCAUUCCGGAAGGACUUAGAAAAGUACAAGGACCUGGAUGAAGAUGAGCUCCUUGGAAAUCUAUCAGAAGUAGAACUGAAACAACUGGAAACUGUUCUCGAUGAUCUUGACCCUGAGAAUGCCCUUCUGCCUGCAGGGUUCCGGCAGAAGAACCAGACGUCAAAGUCCGCCACAGGGCCGUUUGAUAGAGAACAUCUCCUUUCAUACCUGGAGAAGGAGGCAUUGGAGCAUAAGGACAGGGAAGACUAUGUGCCCUACACUGGAGAAAAAAAAGGGAAAAUAUUUAUCCCUAAACAGAAGCCUGUACAGACUUUCCCAGAAGAAAAAGUAUCUCUUGACCCAGAAUUAGAAGAAGCUUUGACAAGUGCUUCUGAUACAGAAUUGUGUGACCUUGCAGCUAUCCUUGGGAUGCACAAUUUGAUAACGAAUGCACAGUUAUGUAAUAUAGUGGGAAGUAGUAAUGGUGUCGACCAAGAACAUUUCUCAAAUGUGGUGAAAGGUGAAAAGAUUCUUCCAGUAUUUGAUGAGCCACCAAAUCCAACCAAUGUUGAAGAGACUUUAAAGAGAAUUAAAGAAAAUGAUGUUCGUCUUGUUGAAGUCAAUUUGAAUAAUAUAAAGAAUAUCCCAAUUCCAACUCUAAAAGAUUUUGCAAAAGCUUUGGAAACCAACACACAUGUGAAAUAUUUCAGUCUUGCAGCCACCCGGAGCAAUGACCCUGUUGCUGCUGCUUUUGCAGAUAUGCUGAGAGUGAACAAAAAUUUGAAGAGCUUAAAUAUGGAGUCCAACUUUAUUACAGGAGCUGGGAUUCUAGCACUGAUUGAUGCUUUGAGAGAUAAUGAAACCCUGGCAGAGCUCAAGAUUGACAAUCAGAGGCAGCAGUUGGGGACAGCUGUGGAAUUGGAAAUCGCCAACAUGCUUGAGGAAAAUACAAAUAUCCUUAAAUUUGGUUAUCAGUUUACACAGCAGGGACCCCGAACCAGGGCAGCUAAUGCUAUAACAAAAAACAAUGACUUAGUUCGCAAAAGACGAGUUGAAGGAGACCACCAGUAAAUCCACCGAGAUACAAUCUUUGGGAGACUUUAAAAGGUCACCAAGGGCUCAUGUUGGUGAUGUCAGAUGUAAAAUUUUCCUGGAUAGAAGGGAAAAGACUGGAAAUCUUUUUUUUUUUUUUUAACUACAUGUAUCUUUUUUCUAGUUUACAUUGUUAUCAGUUUCAAAUUGCAAAAUCAAUAGUAGGUGAUAUUUUGUAUUUUAUAACAUUAUUUCUUUCUGCUAAAAUCAGUUUUAAUUUAGCUUAAAUGGUUUGUGAGGAGUCAUGAGUUUAAAAAUGCAAUUGUAAAAAAAGUUUAGGAAAUCAUUUACGUAGAUAGUAUGAACAUUUUAAGGACUGAUCUUUUUUAAAUCAAAAAGGGACAUUACUGCCAUUAGAAUUGCUAUUGUACCUGUUAGGUACAAGACAUUCACAGCUUUCCUUAUUCCAUCACAUGGAGCCCUGUCCUGUUUUAGAAUACAUGAACUUGGCAAGAGUGUGCUUUUUGCUUCUAUCAAGAAAGCAAGAUACCAGAGUUUUAAAACGACUCCAAAUCUGGUCAUCGGCUGAGAAAUAAAAGCCGGUCUGUUGGGGAGAGAAAGGGGCCUUCUGCACAUUCCUGGUCACCGCACUUGUCCACUGUGGCACCAACACCUGGACUUGUUUCAACAAAGUCAUCAGCUUGGCCAGGUUAGUACUUUGUUUAAAAGGACAGUUAUGGCUAAAUUCACUAUAGUUUUUUAUUUCAAUAAUGUGGGCAUUACUAAAUUUUUGUGAAAGCUCAUAGUAAAAAGCAUCGAAGUAGACAAGCUGUUUUCUUCCCUGUAAAAGCAUACAUAUAGUCAACUCUUGGUUACUUAGGAUAAUAAGAAAAAAGGCGGUUAUUAAACACAUGACAUCGAAGAUAACAAACAUGAUGGAAUUUAAGUCUGAGGCACAUGCCAAAUAGUCACUUAAACUGAUGCUUACUGUAAAUUAGAAACUGGCAUGUGUAUAAAUUGUGGCACAGUAUCGUGAAAGUUUGUGUGUGCACUGCAGAAUUACAUCAAUAACACUGAAUUGGCACUCCACGAAUUUUCCAACCAGUAGGGAAAACUGUUCUUCAUCCAUCUACUUUUAUAUUCCCUCUCAUCAUCUGGCUUUUUUGUCCAUAUUGUGUAAAAGGAAUCUCUCACAAGAGAAGUUUCUUCGUACUGCUCACGGUAUUCAAACGAGCACUUGCACGGUGUACCAUGGUGGGAUGUGGACCUGUUCAGGUCAGCGCCUGGAGCAGACGAUGGCAGAGUUGGCCCAGCUACAGAGGGCAGGCAGGAAAAAAUCUGAGUAAUCCUGACCCCCAAAAUUGAGGCCUGACUAUCCUCUAUCACUUACAUGGAGUAAAGGGAAGAAUCCCAGUUAAAAGUAAGGAUAGAUGUGUUGAUUCUUUUAAAAAGAAUUUUUGAAAUUGAAUUAUAAAACGUCACUCCUUUGGCUUGGGCUGGACAGUUUACUUAUUGAGCUAGGCAGCUUCUUGUGUGUGAUCUGGUAUUAACCCUUCUCAACAGGCAAAAGCUUCCCUCAGAAGAAGUGGGUGUCUUUGUUUUUCUGAAUCAAUAUCCAGUGUUUUAAAGGGGCCAAAGAUCGACUUUGCACUAUUCCCUUUGAGUUAGAGACCACUGAUUUUUUUUUUCCAAGUUAGCAAGGGUUUCUGUGUGUGUGUGUGUGUGUGUGUGUGUGUGUGUGUCCCCUUUUCAUAUGCAACUUUGGAAAUGUACUUGACUUUAGAGACUGCACCCUUCCAGCAGGAUGGGGAGUCAGCACGGAGCAGGCACCCAGGGCUUCCUUGCUUGCUUUGUCUAUAAGUCAGUGAACUGAUAAGUAUGUUACCCCUUCUAUCAUCAGGUUUUUUUUUAAUAGACAUAAGCGAGACCCUACAUAGUGUGUGUAUGGUACUUACGGGUAAUCUCUUUUUCACUGAUUAUUUACCUAAGUAUGAAGAAGUUAAGUGUUUAGCUUAUACCAUUCCAGUUCUCAGCUGUGACAGUGCAUUACAUAAUUGAAGAAAAGAUUUCAUGAAUGUCUUUAAAGCUGAACAUUCUUCCAACUGAAUACAGAAAAUCUUUUCAAGAGUUGUAACUACAAGGGAGAAAACUGGUGUUUACUUUGAUCUUUAAAACUCCAGCACCUCUUAACCAUUUAGUAACAUUCAGUAUUUCUAUAUAUAGCUCUAAAGCGUUGUAAUAGAUUAGGGUUCUCACAUAGUCUUGAUUUUUAAACCAAAGAUUUUUCUAAGACCAUACAUUCUGUAGGCUAACCAAUUUAAACUUACCUGGUUAUCUAAUCAAAGAAUAUUCUUUGCAUUUUUAAAUUGCUGUUUAAAGGCUUUUAAUUGCCCAUUUUGAAAAAUUUUAUAUUUGAAGAUCUCAUUUUUCAAGUAUGUCUACAUGAAAUUGUAUUGAAAAACAUCAGUAUUAAUACUAAUGCUGAUAUUAUUAAAGUGGAUUUUGGUGCUAUAAACUUGUAGCUAAAAUCUAGUAGAAGUCUUAAGUAUAGGUGAAAUACAUUCCUAAAGGUGCCUGUCAUUUAAAAGACCAAAUAUACAUUUUGUGUAUAAAAAACUCACAGAUUGUUAGAGAUUUCAAGGAGAAUUAUCUUGGUCAUUAAAUUGCAAAUUCUUGUUAUUUGAAUGAAGUAACCCACAUACUCGCUUUGUGCAAUAGAUGCACUCUGGAAAAGUUACAUGUAAAUAGAACUUUGUAAAUGGUUUUUCCAGUGACAGUAUCUGAUGUAUCUUCAUUUAAAAAGGGGAUUCCACAGUAUAAUAAAAAUUAUAAAAGAAAAAUUGUUUUCAUAAAAUGUUAGUCAUGUUCUGUUGUACAUUAUAUUUAAUCCUUGCCAUUAAAAUAAGAUGAAAAGAGGGGCACGUGGGUGGCUCAGUCAGUUAAGCGUCCGACUUCAGCUCAGGUCAUGAUCUCACGGUUCGUGAGUUCAAGCCCCGUGUCAGCUCUGUGCUGACAGCUCAGAGCCUGGAGCCUGCUUCGGAUUCUUUGUCUCCUUCUCUCUCUGCCCCUCUCUUGCUCGCUGUCGCUCGCUCUCUCUCUCUCUCUCAAAAAUAAAAACACUAAAAAAAAUAAAUAAGAUGAAAAGAUUCACAAGGUUUCAUAAAAUCUUCUCUAUUUUUGGCUCUGUGUUCCCAGGGCAUGCAGGUCUCACUUUCCCCUUGGAGUCAGGAGCCAUAGCACCUCCCACACGUCUGAGGACUGUGCUUUCUCUGGAAUCACAGUAGCUUCCACCUCUGCAGGUUUAGUCCUGUGCUCGUGCUCCUCCAUGACAGUGCCACUUCACUUAAAAAAAUUUUUUUCUAGUAUUACUGAGAUAUGAUUAACAUAUAACUUCGUAUUACUUUCAGAUACACAACAUGAUUUAUGUAUAUAUUGCAAAAUAUGUACCCCAAGUUUAGUUAACAUCCGUCACCUCAUAUUGUUUUAACGAAAUUAUUUUUCCUUGUGAUGUGAACUAUUAAGAUCUAGUCUCUUAGCAACUUUGAGAUACGCAGUACAGUACUGUCACCUGCAGGCACCAUGCUGCACAUUCCAUCCUCCAGACCUACUCAUCUUAUAACUGGGAGUUUGUAGCUUUCACCACCUUCACCCAUCCUCCACCUCCUACCCCCACGCCCUGGCAACCACCAGGCGAUUGUUUCUCUGAGUUCAGUUUUUUUAGAUAGUCCUAUAAAUGAGAUCAUAUAGUAUUUUCUCUGCCUUAGUUAGCAUAAUGCCCUUAAUACUAUUCAAAAGCGAAGUGGCUGCAACUAAAGACCUGGCACCCGCGAGAACCAAACAUGUGGACGUACCGGAACAACUGUUGCUCUCAAAGCUGUGAGCUCUUGGGUCUAACCAUCUUUAGAAGCGCCUUCCAUCAGCUCUCGCUGAGCAUUCAUGUUUUUCGGUCAUUCUCACCACAAGACUUACUUACCAAAGAAACUUCACUAUUUUUAAAUUGAGAAGAUGUAUUGAUAAGCAACGAUUUUUAUAUUCUUAUAUCAUUUUAAUUUGGUCUUAUAUUCUUCUGCAUUAUAAUUCCACUUAAGUCUGAUACUCCAAUAUUACUGAUAUUAAAUAUACUGAUAAAUAUUACAAAAUAUUAUUAAACUUGGCUAAUAGUCAAGUUUCUUUUGAAAACUGUACUGUAGGCAUUUAGAACUUAGACUUCAUACUGAAAUAAUUUCAAUAAAGUUUAUCAAAUAUUCUAUACACUUGGACUGUGUGAAAAAAAUCCCUUCAGUUCCUAUGUCC